AUGGCUUCGAAGCAAGUCACAAAGAGAUUGUUGCAUGAGCUGCGGUCAUAUGAAAAAGAUCCAAGUGAUGCAUUACUCCACCUCGGUCCUAUCAACGACGAAGAACUGACUCACUGGACGGCCAUCCUCAAAGGUGUCACAGGCACGGCAUACCAAAAUGGUCUUUGGAAACUCAACAUCAUAAUCCCGGAUACUUAUCCUAACAAGCCUCCUACUAUCACAUUUGUCACGCCCAUCUGCCAUCCAAAUGUACAUUUCAAGACUGGAGAGAUAUGUCUGGAUCUGCUCAAGUCUAGUUGGAGUCCUGUGUACUCAGUCAAGCAAACAUUAGAAGCUGUACAGCAACUUCUUACAUCCGCCGAGCCUGACAGUCCGUUGAACAUCGAUGCAGCACAGUUGCUACGCCAGGGUGAUCAGCUAGGAUAUGAAGCCUUGGUGCGGUUUUAUACCGAAACCCUUCGAUGGGAAGGGAACUGA